AUGCCCACCGAACAGGAAAAACACUGCGCUUCGGAAGCAUGGAAACUCUUUAUUGGAAACAUCUGGCAGCUCUAUGCCGAUGGAUCAUCCAAUAACCGAGGCUCGGGGGCAGGAGUAGUACUUAUCUCACCAGAGGGAUUUAUUUGGGAGCAGGCUCUCAGGCUCAGUUUGAAGGCUUCUAACAAUGAGGUGGAAUACGAAGCAUUGCUGGCUGGCUUAUGUAGUGCCGAACACUUUAGUGCAGAACAACUUCUUGUUUUCAGCGACUCGCAACUGGUGGUAAACCAGCUUUCUGGGGUCUAUGAAAUACGAGACGAAAGAAUGGCUAUUCGAGACAAAAAUAGCCAUGCUGAUGCUCUGGCUUGCCUCGGCUCAUCAGUAGAUACUAAAGAUGCUAGAAAAGUUUGGGUUGAGUUCGUGCCAGAACCAAGCAUUGCAUCUCCAGUCCUCUGCAGCAACUUAGAGCCAAGCUGGAUGGAUCCGAUACUUGUUUUUCUAAAAUCUAGCACUCUCUCCGAAGAUAAAAAGGAAGCCAUCAAAGUCAGACACAGGUCAACUCAGUUUUGGAUCUCACCAUCUGGGAAGCUGUAUAGACGCUCCUAUCUCGACCCUUAUCUUCUAUGUGUGCAUCCAAAUCUGGUCGAAAAUGUUCUCUAUGAAAUUCACGAUGAGAUUUGUGGAUGCCACGUUAGUGGAAGCUACCCAAAACUCUCACUCCACUCACUAGUCCGUGGCCCUUUGCCCAAUGGGGUCUGGAUAUUGUCAGACCAUUGGCACGAGGCACAGGGAACAGAUGAUUUUUCAUCGCUGCAACCAACUAUUUUCACUAAGUGGGUUGAAGUCGAAGCACUAGCAAGUAUCAAAGAAGCAGACACAAAACGAUUCGUCAUGAGGAACGUAGUAGUGCGUUUUGGCAUGCCGCGGGUACUGAUUACAGAUAAUGGAACACAGUUUGAUGGAAAGAUCUUUAGAAAGUUUUGUGCCAACCUCAGAAUCGAAUAUCGGAACUCUUCUCCAGGGUACCCACAAAGUAAUGGGCAGGCAAAAACGUCAAACAAAACCAUCAUCAACGGAGUAAAGAAACGACUUGAACAUGCAAAAGGAAAAUGGGUAGAAGAGUUACCCCACAUGCUAUGGGCGUACCGAACCACAGCACGGCGCUCAACGGGGGAAACACCUUACUCCCUGACUUAUGGAAUGGAAGCCAUCAUCCCACUUGAAGUAGGUCUCCCAACCCUCCGGUCUGAAUUGUUUGAAAGCACCAAUAAUGAGGAAGCUAUUGCACAAGCACUGGAUAUGGCAGAAGGCCAAAGAGAAGCCGCACUGAUCAGACUUAUAGCAUAUCAGCAGCAGCUCAUCAAGAGUUUCAAUCAAAAAGUUUUCCCAAGACAAUUCACACCUAGAGAACUGGUUUUGAGGAAAGUCAUGGAUCACAAAUGGGUACCUGGCAAAGGAAAACUUGGGCCUAAUUGGGAGGCCCCUACAAAGUCACAGUUGUUGCUGGAAACGGAGCUUACUACCUAG